UGAUAUAAAUAAACAACAAUUUAAAAGCCUCAUGAAAACAUUAUAACUUAGUAUCGUCGUUUUGAUGAUAAAUUGGGUUGGAAAUUACGUAUGUUACAAUUAAAGUCUUGAACAUAUUGAAUUGCGUGAAAUCUCGGGAAGAUUUCUACUACUUUGACUAACAUCGUUACAUGAUGACGACAUUUGAAAAUUUAACGAAAUCCCAAAAGCUCCGAGCUUCUUUGCAUCGUGACGUGCAGGCCAUUUGCAAAGAAACAUGUCAUAACCUUGGCUUGGACAUAACGAAACCAUCAAUGGAAGUCAUCGCUGAGCUUGUCUAUAAGAAACUCAGCAUUUACGCUCUGGACUUGGAGGCAUUUGCGAAACACGCUAAACGAAGCACUAUCAACUCUGAUGAUGUCUUAUUAUUGGUAAGAAGAAAUCCAUCUCUGAAAGCACAUUUGAGCGGUCUUAUAAGUAAUCAACCUUCGACUUCAAAAGAUAAAAGAAGAAAGACUAAUGUUGCGACAAACGUGAAAGAAACUCCUACAAGUACAAAAUCAAAACCAGGAAUCGAAAGUGAAAAGUUGGAUAAAGAAAUAGUAAACAAAGAGAAGAAAGAUAAAGAAAAAGAAAUAGAAAACGACUUAAAAAUGGACAAUAGAAUUAAGGAUAUGUCUAUAGAUGGUACUAUAGAUUUAACUUUUGAUUAAAAAAA